ACUUAAACCAGGCAGUCAGAUGCAUCUAUGCGGAUCUAGGCCCACCUCAAUCGCUUUUAACCGUGCAUGCAAUGUUCUCCUAUCAUACCCACCCAGGCCACCCUAUCAAUACUACUAGUAGUACAUAACAGCAGAGAGAACAAACAAGCAAAAACCAAAAUACUAGGUACACAACAACCAUUGCCGGCCAUAAUCACCCUGAUAAAUAAUAACCUUAAACCAGCAAGGCAAUGAACUAAACUAAACUAAAAUAAAAUAAAAUAAAAAAUGGUCCUCAUCCAAACCCUCCCCUUACCAACUCCCACUCCCACCCUCCAAGCCACCCCCCUAACCCCAUCCGCCUUCGCCCCCUUCGGCGCCGUCCUCGCCAAUCCCGCCCCGGACACCCGUCCCCCCUCAUGCCAAAACAGUAACAGCGCCGGCAAUGGUACUGCUGACCUGCUACCCCCCGGCGCCGGCGCCGUAGUCGCCAACCAGGGGACCGCGAUCCAGUACCGCGCGCUCGCGCCCCCGCUGCAGGACCUGUACGCCGACGCGCCGUCCGGGCAGCCGAGCACCCCGCGCACCACCAUGUUUGUGUGCGCGGCGCGGCAGCUGCUAGUGUCACCCCCAGAGUCAUCAUCAUCAUCAGCAGCAAGCAAUCGUUCCAGCGCAAGUAAAAGCGGAGGAGGCCUCUUCUUCCCCGUCGCGGUCCUCGAGCGCCACCCUUUCACCACGCAGACCUUUGUCCCCCUCGGCUCCUCCCCCUCGGCGCGCUAUCUCGUCAUCGUAGCGCCUACCCUUCCCUCCCCACCCAACCCCCCUGUCCCUGUUCCUGUUCCUGCAACGGGAAAAGGCGCCGGCCCAGGCCUCCCGGACCUCCAGAACCUCUGCGCCUUCGUAGCCACGGGCGCGCAGGCCGUGACCUACGGCGCCGGGACGUGGCACGCGCCGAUGGCGGCGCUCGGGGAGCAUGGUUCGGUGAUCGAGUUCGUGGUCGUGCAGUUUGCGAAUGAUGUGCCGCUGGAGGAUUGCCAGGAGGUGGCUUUGGAUGUGGGGGAAGGAGGGAAGGGGGCGGGGGUAUUGGUGGAGGUGCCGCGGAGGGUUGGGGAGUCGAGGCUGUAGUUGAAGGGUGAUGUGGGAAUCUGGAAAUAGAGAUAGGGGGAUGCUUAAGAUUGGUUUACUGUUAGAUGCUUAAUAGGUACCUAUGCUAGAUACCUAUGUUGGAGGUAAAAUAUUGGUAAUAGAAGAGACGGUAGCUUAAUAACUUAUUCUUGCGGCGUAUAUGCAAGAUGAUGUUUUGACGUUGUUUUCUCUCGGAGCAAUGGUCAUCAAAACAACUAGCAACGUUGUAAGUUAUUAGGUACAUAAUUACACUUAUUUUACCGAG